ACAUUUUUAGCAACCACUCAUACACAUACACACACACACUCAUUGAGAUUCAAAUAGGGUAUAUAUAUAUGUACAUUUAUUGCAACUCUUACAAAAGCCUCGAGCACUGGCUCUUUAAUAAUAAGCAGUAAGUCUUAAAUAUGGCGCACAGAAUCAGACAAAAAACUAAUGCACUGAACAUUGUCUUGGUUGGGAAAACUGGCAAUGGUAAAAGUGCCACAGGUAACACACUGCUUGGAAGAAAAGGAUUUGUUAAUGCCUCAUCUACAACAUCAUGUACGGAAACAUGUAAACUGGAAAGUGUUAAGUAUGGUGAUAUUAUUUUAAAUGUAAUAGACACACCUGGGCUGAUGGACACUGGCAAAACACAGACGGAAAUUUCUGAUGAAAUGGCAAAUAUCAUGAGCUUGUGUCCAGAUGGUUUUCAUGCUUUUAUUUUUGUGCUUCGAUGGGAUGUGAGAUUUACUACUGAAGAAUUGAAUACAUAUAUAAUUUUAAAAAGACAUUUUGGACCAGACUUUCUGAAAGUUUGUAUUGUGGCGUUUACAAGAGGCGAUGUGUAUGAUUUGUCAGAGACAGAUUUGCCAUUUGAACAGUGGUUGAAAAAACAAGAUGGAGUCUUGCCAGGCCUGCUAGAAGAUAUCAACAAUAAAACAGUGCUUUUUUACAACAACGCAAAAUACCCAAACUACCAUAACAAAAGAGAAGAGUCUAUUGACCAACUAUUACAAAUUAUAGGAAGUGGCGAUUUGUUAUAUAGGGAUGAGAACUUUGAGAAAGCCGCCCAAGAGAGAAAAAGAAUGGCAAUUGAACUAAAACUGCCUCAACUACAAUCGAAGUAUCAAACUGAACUAAGUUUAUUAGAUGUUAAAAUUCAUGACGCCAUGGAAAACUCUGAAAACAAAAAAUCUCUAUCAGAAUUAGAAGCAGAUGAUAGCAUCAAAGGUUUGGUGAAAAUAGCUGAGCACAUACUUGAUUUAAUAGAAAUGGAUGACAGUGAAACAGGACUUUUAGAAGAUUUCCGUCAACGUGUGACACAUCUGAUUGAGAUGAUUUCAACCCUAGAUAAAUCACAGGAAAAAAGAAAAAUAAAAUUUAAAAAAAUUGCAGAGUACAAUCGUCUUCUUAAAAACCCACCAAGGCUUACAAUUGCUGCUUCAAAAAUUGGUUUAUUUUUUACUUCUCUUGCUACUGGUAUCGGUGCUGUUUUAACACCUCUAAUUCCGCUCUUAGCUGCACCAGUAGCAGCAGGUGCAGGCGCUUUGGCUGUUGCAAGUGCAAGUUCAGUAAACAGUCAAGAGAAAGAGCUGAGGGAAUACAACCGUAAAGUAAAAAAAUUAAAAGAUGAAAUAGAUAGUCUUUAAAAAAAUUAGUGUGUUUGGUAUUACAUAACAAUAACAAUUAGCAAUGUGUACACUUUUUUCUUUAUAUUGUUGUAUAUGAUUCAUUACAAAAAUUUAUAAACCUCGCAAUCUUACAUAUGAAUCAUUGGAAGCGCCAUGUUUCUUUUUCUACGCACUCAUUACGAAUUUUGUAUUGUAAUACUGAUACCAAACUCUCAGCACAUAGUGUAAUAAGAUUACUAAAACUGUAUUUUUGUUGAACUGAACAGAGAUAAUUUAACGUAGUAUUUUUGUUCAGUGAUAAACUAAAUUAACGAAUGUAGUAUUUUUGUUCAGUGAUAAACUAAAUUAACGAAUGUAGUAUUUUUGUUCAGUGAUAAACUAAAUUAACGAAUGUAGUAUUUUUGGCUUGAUUAGCCACACCAGAUUCUUCCCCGUCUCAAGAUUAAGCCAAAACCAGUGACUCACUUGGGCGCAUCCAUUGCCUUUCGAGACAAAAGGAGCCAUAUAUAUAUAUAAUUUUUGUUCAGUGAUAAACUAAAUUAACGAAUGUAGUAUUUUUGUUCAGUGAUAAACUAAAUUAACGAACUUUUACGUAUGACUUAGAACACCUGUUUUUUAUGUAAAAAAUAUGUAAACAUGAGGAGAGGUGCAUUCAGAAAAUAAAAAUGAGAAAAGACCGAGUGAAAGAUGUGUUCUUCAAAGAGUCUUUUAAAUAAGUAGGAGAAAUAUUUAAUAUGCUUGUUAUUUCAUUUUAUGCAUAGCUUUUGCUUAAUUUAGGAAGUGGAUAGCGAUUUUUUGGUGAUUUUCACACACAAAGUUAAUCACAAAAUUUUGAUUUUGGUUAAAUUAUGUUCUUUAGACCAUUUACAUUUUAAGAAAAUAUAAUUUAGGUACAGAGAAAACAAGAUAUAUGAAGAAUGGUAAUGUCAAUGCAAUGGGGGCAUUUUGAAAUAAAUAGACCAAAUAAACAAUGUUAAAGACACUAUAUGGUUUUUCUGUCUCGGAAGACAAUGGAUGUGCCCAGAUGAGUCACUAGCUUGGUUUCGUCUGGAGAUGACGUAGGACGUAAUCAUCUUCUUUUUUGAAGUAACGUCUGUAUUAUAUAAGAUGAGGCAGAAUCUGGAGAGACUGAUCAAGCCAAUUCUGGAGCGGCAGAGUUCUUUUUCUUUCUCUUGACUGAUGCAGCUUCUUUAGGACAGUCUUGGGCGGCCCUUGGGUCUAACUCCCUCUGCAAGCUCAGCGUAUAGGAUGUCCUUAGGGAUUCUUCCAUCUGGCAUGCGAGUGACAUGCCCGAGCCAGCGCAUCUUCUCUGUGUAAGAAGGGUGACCCGACAAAAUAGCGCCGACUAAUUAACGCCGACUAAAUAGCCCGAAAUUUCCCGACAAAAUAGCGCGGACUUCUAUAUCAUCAUCAUCACUCCUUUGAGUUCCUCAUGGAUCAUAGGGCCUCGACAAAAACACGCCACUCUCCACGGUCUCUUGCUAGUUUUUUGAUGGUUUCCCAGCUCUUCCCCAGUCUUCUCUGCUUCUUC